CUUCUCUCGUGGUUCUUCUUCACCUACCUCUCUCAUGGCGCCGUCUUCUUCCAUUUCUUUCUUCCUAGUAUUGUUAGCAUGCAUUGGCUGCGCCACCGCAUGCUACACCGCCAUCUUCGGCUUCGGAGACUCCCUAACCGACGCCGGAAACCUCAUUCACCUCGAGACUGACGGCUCCGUUCCCCACAUGUACUACCCUCCUUAUGGAGAAACCUUUUUCGGCCACCCCACCGGCCGCUGCUCCGACGGCCGCGUCAUCCUCGAUAUAAUCGCUGAGCAUUAUGGACUUGCGAUUCCGCCGCCUUCGCUCUCCAGUAAAGCUCAAACCGGCGGAAAUAAUAUCCGGCAAGGGGUUAACUUCGCGGUGGUGGGAUCGCGCGCACUGCCGGCGGAGUUCUACCAAAAGCUAGAAAUUUAUGAUACUGUCACCAACGUCUCCAUGAAUGACCAAUUGCACGCCUUCAAAGAUAUGAUUCCAUCGCUCUGCAACUCACCUUCCGAUUGCAAGAACUUGUUGGAGAACUCUUUAUUUGUCCUUGGGGAAUUCGGUGGCAAUGACUACACGCACUCGCUUCUCUCGGGAAAAAACAUAACUGAUAUCCGACCAAUUAUCCCUAUUGUUGCCCAUGCCAUUGCUGAGGGUGCCCAUAAACUAAUAGAACUAGGAGCAAGAACAGUAAUGGUUCCAAGCGUGCUCCCACUUGGAUGUGCGGCUUCUUAUUUGACAUAUUACCCAAGUCCCAACGUUGAAGACUACGACGACUUAGGAUGUCUCAUUUGGGUCAACCAAAUGGCUUCAUACCACAAUCAACUCCUUCAAGAAGAGCUCAAUCUCCUGCGAGAACGUCACCCUUAUGCCAAUAUUAUUUACACUGAUAUUUUCAAUGCCGCCAUGCAAAUUUACGACGGCCCAGCAAAUUUGGGAUUUUCGGGAGGUGCUUUAAGAGCAUGUUGCGGUGGGGGUGGUCAGUACAAUUUCAAUCCCGAUCUGCAAUGUGGAGACGAGGGAGCAACUAGUUGCCCGGAUCCUUCUACCUAUGUUAACUGGGACGGGUAUCAUUUGACGGAAGCGGCUUAUAAACUUAUGACUAAGAGUUUAUUAGACGGCUCAUAUACUUAUCCAAGUAUGAAUGCUUUAUGCCCUACCGAUGCCCAGGUUGCCCAACUUUAACUUAGGAUGGUGCCAUUCUAAUUAGAAAUUAAACGAUUGAUGUUAUAUUUUCAGGAUGAAUUUAGAAUCCGGGAAAUAUAAAAAAUGUUUUGAAGUGUUACGUUAUUCAAUAUGGUUUCUUGGUUGUAUGGUUCAACAUUUAUAAAAUCUUUGUUAGUGUUGGAAAAUGUUAAAA